AUGGACUCCAAAGACACCGUCAAAGGGCACGCGUGCCUCCCGCUCAACCUCUACGAAGAAUGGGACGACGAAGGGGACCUCGCUUACAAAAACAUCCUCCGACCUUCUGCGCAGCAGGCCAGUCCCUACCAGCUCACCCCGGAGGAAAUCGCAAGAGGUUUGACAAGCAUCCGCGAGCUCGCGUCAUCAGCUUGGGGCCAAGUCAAGAGGAUCUUUCAGUGGAUUGCCGUAUUGUGUAGCGCAGUCCCACCCAGCCACUCAGCCCAGAACCGCAUUAUCAUGUUCAUGGAGGCACUGCGCGCAAUGCCCUUACAUAAAGUUCUGUGUCUAGGGCCCGACUCCAACGAGGGAAAAGACGUUGAGCCAUUUGAGGAGAUGCCGCUGUGGCCUCUGGGCAAGAACUGGUGUGGAUCGGCGGACGCCUUUCGUCGAGAGAUUCCGCGUAUCCUGCGGUUACAACUGCACACAACGCAACCUAAAGGCCAGAACCGGUCGAAUGACCUGCGACGAAUAACAUUUCCGGUGGCGCAACUUCCAGUCCGCGAUCGCGCGCAUCACAGUCCUGGGUCUCGUGGAGUGCCGGUUCCUCAGCUCCCUGGAGAAUAUCAUCCCUGGCGGCCGGAACUAUGCCCCAUCCAAAACGACAGCAAUCGCAUGUGA